AUGAAGUAUUUACUACUGGUCUGUUUGUUUUAUGGUGUCUUAGCCAAACAUGAACUCUAUGAUGGGCAUGCUGUUUACGAGGUCGAUGUCCAUUCUGUAGAACAAACGAAACUGGUUCACGACUUCGAAAAUGAUUUGCUUCUGGAUAUCUGGUCUCACGCUGUGCCUGGUCAUCCAGGAAAGGUCCUCGUCCCUAAAGCCAAGAGAGACAUUUUUGAAAACUUCUUAGAACAAAACCAUGUACAAUACAAAGUCGAAACAGAGAAUAUUAAAGAGCAAUUGGACAAAGAAGAUGAACUUCUAGCAUCUGCUGCAGCGAGAAGCAAUAGUUCGCGCAUUGGUUUUGAAAGAAUCCACACUUAUGAAGAGGUUGAGGCCUAUUUAGACCAACUGGCAAGAGAUUACCCAAAUGUUGUCUCCGUGGUCCUCGGAGGUAGAAGUGUCGAAGGCAGACCCAUCAGGUACCUCAAGAUUUCCACCACCAACUUCCAGGAUGCCAGGAAGCCAGUCGUGAUGAUUCAGUCUCUACUCCACAGUCGAGAAUGGGUGACCCUGCCAGCAACUCUUUACGCUAUCCGAAAGUUGGUUGUCGAUGUCUCAGAAUCUGACCUUGUCCAGAACAUUGACUGGAUCAUUCUGCCUAUAGCCAACCCAGAUGGAUACAUCUUCACACUCACCGAUCGCUUCUGGCGGAAGAACCGUGCCACUCGCUACAUGGUUGCCAACCGUUGUCCUGGCGUAGACCUCAACAGGAACUUCGACCACAUUUGGGGCACAGCAUCUAGUUCCAAUCCUUGUCAGGAAACCUUCCAUGGAGCAGGACCCUUCUCUGAACCCGAAGCAGCCGUCAUUCGAGAUAUCAUCAUUGAACACAGAAACCGAAUGGCCUUGUUUCUUGACAUUCACAGCUUUGGAAGUAUGAUCCUGUUUCCUUAUGGCGACGGUGUCCUACCUCCCAAUGCACUACAACUGAAUUUAGUUGGUGUUCAAAUGGCCCAAGCUAUCGAUAGAGUCAAGUGGCCCUCCAACAAGAAUUACGUUGUUGGAAACAUCUUACAUGUUCUUAGGUAUGCCGCUUCUGGUGGUGCUGGUGACUACGCAAUAAAUGUCGCUGCUCCUUAUUCUUAUACUUUUGAGUUACCAGCCUUUAGGAACAGUAUAUGGAUGGAUGGUUUCUUGGUAGAACCGGCUUUUAUUGAACAGGCUGGGUUUGAGACAUGGGAAGGUAUCAAGGUAGGCGCCAGGGCCGCUGCUGCUGCAUUUAGGAAUGGCAAGGCUGUGUAA